UCUGGUCAAUAUUCACACAAUCCACAAAUCGAAUGCCACCUCCACCAAUGCAGCCACGGUCACUUGCCUCCUCUGCUCGCUUUCCCGCUUGCAAUGGGCUCUUUCUCUGGCUCAGAAGAAGGCUUAUCCUUUGGCUUAACACCACUUUUCUCGUCAUGCGCAGGGUGCACUUUACUGCUCGUCCCUCCCAGGCGUAUGAAUCUCAAUGGAUUGUUGGAUCCAAUGCUGCUUGUUUCAUCGCCCAUUGAGCUGCCGCUGCCGAACUUCUUCAAUGUGGUCACCACCUUCUUUGCCGUAUCGCCCACCAUUUUGAACUGCACAAAGAAAGAGACGAAAGACAUCAAUGCGAAAGACAUCAAUACGUCUCGGCGAGUGAAGCGGUUGUCUUACCGUCUUGUUGAGUAGGUCAUCUGAUCCUCGUGGGUGUCUGUGUCUAUCGGCUUCCGCCCAUGCCUCCUCCCGAUUAUACUCAGCAUCCCCAGGGGCAUACUUGCCGGAGCCCUGCACCAGUGUGAGUUCUCAAGCAGGCUGCUUGUGUGUCUUGGUUUCUCUCGCGCACCUUCCUAAAAUGUCUCCUCGACGGCCCUCGAGGCCGAAAUCUCGGCCCUUGACUCUCCUUUGCUUUGUCUUUGUCGACCUUAAGCUGCUGUGCGCUUGCUGGAGUACGCGUGUCGAUAAGCAAAGCCACGCAGCAUAAGACAGAGGUGAUGAUGAUGAGAAUGAGUGUGAUGACAAAGAAGCCAGCCGAGGCUGCCCGUGGAGUCACGUCGCCGACUUUGUACGGACAAAUGCUGCGAUACUCGCCGUCCUCACAUAGCCUGCAUGAGACACAAAUCGGGAAGAGACAUGCACAGUAGCUUUCGUCGCAAUGGUUCGUGUCUGUCGAUACCUGACAGGUAUUUCAUUCAUCGGAUAUUCCUGGCGAGCCGUCAUAAGCAGCUGGUUGUCCGCGACUGAACUAUACUGGUCCUUCAGCAGCUCCGCCCAGAGCCUCAACAGCCCCCUUGGCGUCCGCCCUUCCACCAUACUGUUAUCCACUCUGCUGUCCUCCUCUGUGUCUGUCCACCCGAUCGGUGGCUUGAAGACCACGUUGACUAACAGAGAGGCUGUGGCGUCUCGUGAGGGGUCAAUUCCCAGCGACGCGACAAGGAGGCGCUCGAUGGGCGUGCCGAGGACUCUUGCAAGCUGAUAGCGAAAGUUGAAUUCAAAUGCACUGCGCUCAGGACUCGAGGAUGGCCUGAAGGUGGUCACAUUAGGCUUUGUGAGUGUGUCUCUUGCGUGUGUAUGUGUCAGUGUAUAUUGCCGCCUGUCAGCAUACCUGUCACUGAGUCGCUGUUGGGUGACAAACGGGUCGGUGAGAUAAAUGGAAGUCAUGAUCGGCCGCAUGUCCGACAAGAGGGAGGCGUCAUCCAGCUGACACUCACCUGCUGUGGGCACUUUCCAAGCAGAACAACUGCAGAUACAAGACACACAUGGUAGGAUGGCAUGCUGACAACAUGCCCGCUCAGUCAGCUUCUUACUAUUUGGUGCAGGCCGAUUUUUCUGCAAGGACGAGUGGCGCGGGGCAUUUCGGCCGCACCGUCGCCUCACCGACAUCGAAGUAAGACCCCACAUGUUCCAGACAGAGAGUGAAGUAGCCCGUGAUGAGCGAGUAGGCACCCUGGAAGAAGAGGGCCGAUCGGUCAGAAGAGAGCACUCCAGUUCUCGGUAUAAUAACAAAAUUCUCGAGCUGGGGGACAUUAUAUGCAGUGCACGGGUUCCCAUUCUCUCCCGCCUUACGCGCGGCGAGCGAUAGCAGGCAACACGAUAUGACAUGUCUCUAUGUCUGUUUGUAUAGUUAUGCUCACCCUGUAUACGGCGAAGAGUCGAUCGUUCGCUGCCAGCUGGAACCCCUGGAUAGUGAUGUCUGUAAAGUCGUUCUGCAGCCACUGUAGCUGCUGGGUGGUGGUCGGACCGUCGCCAACCAUUGGAGACUCCUUUAUAGGCUCCGUCAUGAUGUUACCUGCCCGUAAUCGAUACAAGCAAGAGACACAGCACAGACUGAGUAGACAGGGGGAAACGCAAGAAAGGAUGAAGGCAUGCCUCUCGGGUUCUCACCAACGGACGUGAUUGUGAGUGUCGGGUCAUUCUCCAGCAACUGCGUUGGCAGGAUGAAGCCCAUAGACUCCUUGAUGAUGAAACGGAUCAUCUCAUUCUGCAGACAGCCGGGCAGGCAGAUAUCAGACAGUGUGGGUCCGCCCAUGCGCACGUACAUACUGCCGGUAUGGUUGCAGCGGGCUUGAGUGCAAGCAUCUUGAGCGUCUCAUUCCACUUGGCCGUCCGCUCCUCCCAUAUGCUCGCAUUCGCACCUAAGUGAGACACGCGCAAAAAGGGAGACAGACCUGUGGGACAGUCAUUUUCGUUCUGAUUGGCAGGCACCUUGGAGGUAGAUAGCCUGGUAGUCAGCUUGUGAGAAGGUCGUGAAGUUGGGAACUGUCAUGAGUAUCAUAUUGGCGGUCGGGAUGGGAACCGUGGCUCUGAAGAUUGAAAGGUUUGCAGAUAGAGAGAAGGUGAUCAUGCCUUGAUUCUGGCUUACCGCAGGGCGAUUUCCCACUGAAAUGUUUCUGAUGGGUUCUUGGGGUUAUAGCUGAACUGAGACACAUCGAAAGUCCGCUGCACAACCAAAGGCGACUCCUCUAUCGGCUGCUCAAAGAUGAUCUGGCCCUUCACCACGGCAACCGUCAGACUGAAAAUGGGUGCAGGCGCACACUUUUCAGAGAGGCAUGGACAGACACAGACGGACCCGUGCGUAACCUACUUCUGGUCGUUCUCUGCCAGAAACUGCGGCAGCCUGCAACCGGCCUCAGAAGCGCGAAGACGGAUGGAUAUCACUCCGGAAGGAAGCGUCUCACUGUGUACACAACACGCAGAUGGUAACAUGAUCUCAUACACACUCCCCUCCGCAUGUGCGCGUGAGCUCACUUGGCCUCUAGGUCGAGGAAGUGUGUGGUCUGAUUCCAUUGCGCUGCUCUGUUUUUGAACUUCAGGUAGUGGCUGUCGUAUGCGAUGCCUGAGAUCGGCAGCGUCUCGUUUGGACACACAAACCCGGGCAGAUGGAGACGCAACACGUUCCCAAUCGUCAAAACAACAUUCGCCUGACGCCACACAGCACGAUGAAUGAACGAUGGAUAAAUUGCACGGUCGCCUGCGUUGUUUGGUGUUUUCAUGCUUACAGAGAACAUGAAGUCGAUGGUGGUGAGGUGGCCGGGGUUUAGAUCACUGUAGUCGAGCUUGGACAGUGUGAACCGCUUCCUGCAGGGAUGACGUGGACCAUCAUAAGUAAACGCUUUACGUCACUGUGCCUAAUUACUUCUGCCGAUUGACUUGGGAGCUGUAUUGGAAGGUCUGGGCGUACAAUCCCACCUGACAAGCACAAUAAUCAGAUGAACCGACUGCAUUGCGUUGUCUGAUGCUUGGUCGCAGCCUACGUCGGGUGCCUCGAUGUAGAGCGAUGGAUCGGACUCGUAAAGAGCGAAAGGCAGACGCAUACCCUGCAGCACACACAGAGACAUGCAGGCACACACAGAGAUUUUGGAGCGUCAAUGGGUGAGAGACAAAGUCUCCGUCCCCCCACCACGUCGAUCGGCACUGUGAAGCUGAUAAUUCGCCCGUCCUUUAUUGUCACGCCGGGUACGGUCUCGAGCGUGAGCAGCUUCUCAUCCUCCUCCCACGUGGCGCGACGAUCGAACAGCGGGCCAUUCAAUCCCGUAAUUGUCACCUCCUGCACACUUGACACACACACAUCCACACAAACAGCAGAUGAGACAUGUCAUAUCUGUACCGUGCCAUUGGUUGUCUUCAAUAUUCCUCCAAGAUGAAUGAAGAUGUUGGUGCUGGGGAGUAUGUCGGUGUUGGCCAUGAGUGUGAAGCUCAGCUGUGUGAUGGCGUCGGGGUCGCUCGGGUCGAACUCCAGCCGCGACUGGAUGAACUCUUUGGCCGGCCCGAUGGCGGGCGACUCUUUGAUGGGCUCGAAGGCCAGAUAUGAGCCCUCGAUGCCCACAUUCAGCAAAUUGUCGUUGGCCAUCAGCUUCGACGGCAGCCUGGAAGCAUGAGGGGGAAAAAGACGCGUACAUGCGCCCCGCCGUGCUUGUCUGAUUGCCGCCCUACUUGCAUCCGACAGUUUGUGCGAGUAUGGCGGUGAAGGGCUGUGUGUUCUCGACCCACUCGUUCGGGGCGACAGUGAGUGUCAGGGUGUAGGCAGAUAUCUUCCACACAGCAGACUCAUCGAUAAAUCGAUAUGCAUCAGGACCUGAACACACACACGCCCGUGUCCACGGAUCCUAGUGUCCACAGAUCUCUCAGUCACCUGUGAUUGGCAGCGUGAGCUCAUCCAAAGCGGCCGAGGGGCUGCCCGACCCCCCACUGUCGUCGGUCGAGUGGCACUUGAAGCCAUACAGCAGCAACACGAUGCUGUGGUUCUGGUGCAGCUCGAGCGGGGGCUGUAGCUCAAUGGUGAUCUCUGAGGCAACCUCAGGGGUGGCCGGGUCGUAAGCAAGACCUGCACAAAGGAAGAGAACAAACGUACCCAGUCAGCGGGCAGCAGAUCCAUGUCGUUGUUCUGAGCGUACGUGAUACAAUGAAGUCUUUCUCGCCACCCCCAAGUGGCGGAGAUAUGUCCACUGGCCGCAUCUGCUCCUCACAGAACGUGUGAUAGUCGACACCAUUGCCCUCACACCCAAUCUGCAGGAUGGACCAUGGACAGAGACACACAUUAGCACGCACACACGAUGCACCCGACAGUCCCCCUACCUGUAUGGAUGUGUCGUUUCGAUACUGCACGGGCGGCAGGAGUAUGUCCUGUAUCUGCACUUGGAAGAACGACUGGUGCGAGUAUAUCGUGCUGAUCGGCGUGAGCAGCAACUGCUGCUCAUUCAAUCGCCACCGAGCCACACGAUCCUUGAAGUAAGAUGCUGUGCCGCCAAUCAGCGGCACAGUGGACCCACGAGCCCCGAAACCUACACAGAGACACACAGAAGGACGUGUGGUCGGCUUCUUGUACUCGCACAAGAGGGAGAUACGUACUUGGGAGGAGCAGUCUGAUUGUGGUGCCGGGAUAGAUGGGCCAGUUGGUGCUGAAGUUGAGGAAGAGCGUCGUGUACGUGUUGGGAAGGGCCACACUCGAGUCGUUGGUGCUGCCGUAGAACAGAGACGCGAAGCUGAAUCGCCGCUCCUCCAACACCUAAAUGCGUGGAGACAAACAGCCAUUCUGAUGUAGGUAGACAGGAAAGGCGCAGAAGGGCCUCCAUUUACCUGUGUGACUUGCGUGAAGUUGCUGCUGAUGAGGAAGACCUCCACAUCAUCCUGACUCCGCACCUUCGCCUUGAGCGAGCUGUCGUCCAGCGCCACAGAAGCCGGCAGGGUCAACGACUGCGAACUUGCAAUCACAAACUCAUACUCCACUUCCUUCACCAGUGUCUCGCCGGUCGCUAUGUAAAAGGACAGUGUCUCGUUGUCGGUGUCCCAGUAGGCAUUGCCACCCACUCUGUCUCGGCCCGGCCCCUCAACGUUCAGCACACGAGACCCACUCGGGUGCGAGAAGCCCGGCAGGUACAGCACGAGCUUGGCGGUGUCGUCGUAUGUGUGCGAAAUGGUGACGAGUAGGGUGAUGUUCGACGGGCGGUUGGCUUCAGGAGGGUCGAAUAGCAGAGAUGCCUUGAGGAAGUAAGGCUUUCGCAGCACGGGGUUGACGUUUUUGAAGGGCUCUUUUUCAAUGGUGGCAGGGGGGUUUGUCUUGCUUGCAGACACCUGGAUGGUGGCAGUGUUCUCCUGGACCUCCUCUGGCAGCACCAUAUUCUUGAGAACGAACUCUGUGUCGUUGUCCUUGCUAAACAACACCUUUGUCUUGAGCCCGAUCCGGAUCUCAUUGUUGUCGGUGUUUGGCUCCUUGUAGAAGGUGGCUGCCGCGAGGAAGGGCCCAUCGACCAUCGCUUGCGCAUUAAUCGACCAAGCCUGGCUGACUGGCUCCAGAAUAACAUCGUAUUCUUCGACGGGCGGGUUGGCCUGAGGCAUCCUCUUGGGCACAGCCGAGCCCCAGCCGUCUGGCAGAUAGAUGCUGAUGGAUUUGUCGUUGUUAUCCGUCGUGAUGUCCAGGGACGGGCGUAAGAUGACCGUCAUGUUUGUCUCUUUCGAGGGUUCUGCAGGAUGAAACGCCAUCGUGCUGACGACAAAUGUCUCCUGCGCGGCGGCCAAACGGAGCGAAAGAGUGCCGAACACCAAGAACGUGCUGAAAACACCGCGCGCCGCCUCCAUCUUCUUCUGCCGUCUUUGCAGUGGGAAGACAGGAGCGGGGGCGGGUAAUGGAUGGAUGCAGCUGCAAAUUGCGGGACGGCCGACUCGUCAAUAGCAAGGGGCGCAGGAGAGUCG